AUGCAAGUGUCCAUCGCUUGCACGGAGCAAAAUCUCCGCAGCCGCAGCAGCGAUGACCGGCUGUGCGGCGGGGGGUCCCGGGGCCAAGGGACCGGGGGCCAGGGCAACGGGGGCUACCAGCCCCCCGGCAAGGGACCCCGGCUAGGCCUGGGGCUUCGGGCCCCCGGGCAGAACCUGCCCCACAUCGCCUUCCUCCUGAGGGAGUCCACCGGCCGGGCCACCGGCAUGAACUACAGGAACCUUGGCAAAUCGGGGCUCCGUGUUUCGUGUCUCGGCCUUGGUACAUGGGUGACUUUUGGGUCCCAGAUCUCGGAUGAGAUGGCAGAAAACGUGCUCACCAUCGCAUAUGAGAAUGGAGUCAACCUCUUCGACACGGCCGAGGUCUAUGCUUCCGGCAAAGCAGAAAAAACCUUGGGGAAUAUCCUGAAGAGCAAAGGAUGGAGGCGUUCCAGCUACGUUGUGACCACAAAAAUUUACUGGGGAGGCCAGGCCGAGACCGAGAGAGGUUUAUCCCGGAAACACAUCAUUGAAGGGCUCAAGGGGUCGCUGCAGCGCCUUCAGCUGGAAUACGUCGACAUCGUGUUUGCCAACCGGAUGGAUGCCAACAGCCCCAUGGAAGAGAUCGUCCGAGCCAUGACCUACGUGAUCAACCAAGGCAUGGCCAUGUACUGGGGAACCUCUCGCUGGAGCGCAAUGGAGAUCAUGGAGGCCUACUCGGUGGCCCGUCAAUUCAACCUCAUCCCACCCGUGUGUGAACAAGCCGAAUAUCACAUGUUCCAGCGGGAGAAGGUGGAGACGCAGCUCCCUGAACUGUACCACAAGAUCGGGGUCGGAGCCAUUACCUGGUCCCCGUUGGCGUGUGGACUCAUCACAGGGAAGUACGAGGAGCGAGUGCCUGAAAAUUGCCGUGCCUCCAUGAAGGGCUAUCAGUGGCUGAAGGAGAAGUUGCAGAGCGAAGACGGGAAGAAGCAGCAGGCGAAGGUGAAAGAGCUCCACCCAAUUGCCGAGCGCCUGGGAUGUACCGUGGCUCAGCUGGCCAUUGCCUGGUGUCUCCGCUCUGAAGGUGUCAGCUCAGUCCUUCUUGGCGUUUCCAGCACGGAGCAGCUCAUUGAGAACUUGGGAUCCAUUCAGGUCCUAACCCAAUUGACGCCCCAAGUCGUCCAGGAAAUUGACGCGCUCCUGGGGAACAAACCCAAUACAAAAAAAGAGUCCCGGGCGUAGGGACACGUUGGCGCCCGGGACUGUGCACGCUCUUGUCCCAAACGGACUGCAUCUCCUCUUGCUCCUCCGUGGGGCUCCGCUCCCCACCCUCCUGCCCCCUCUGCAAACGCUCUCCUACCAGC